GUUUUGAAAGAUUUUUCUUUCAAAAUAGCCAUUUUUGAAGACGUAGCGUGGUAGCAAAGAACAUAGCGUUUUUGUUAUAUUAUAUUUCAGGGCAAUUUCACAUUAGCAGAAUGACAAAGAUGAAUCAUUUGCAUUCACAAGAAAUCAUAUGGAGAAUAAUUUUUAUCAUACUGUGUUAUUCCAGGUCAACAAUGUGUAUGGCGUUAGAUGGAAAGGAUAUCACAAAAAUUAAAGAGAAACUAUUAAGUGGGUACGACAAGGAUGUUAUCCCUACAGACAAUAAUCAACCACUAAAUGUUACCGUCAGUGUAAACAUAAAUGACAUGGUACCUUUAGAAAAAGCAUCCAUGCAUUUUUCAAUCGAUUGUCAUUUUGGAUUAAAAUGGAGAGAUCCACGUUUAAAAUACAAUGCAACAAAGAAUGUAACAUAUAUCCCUUUUGAUCAUAACUUUUUCACGCAAAUAUGGACGCCAGAUAUUUACUUCACAAAGAGCAAAGCAGGUUUUAGACAUGCUUUACCGCAACCAAAUGUGAUGGUUUCGUUGUUACCAGAUGGUACUGUUUUGUCGGAACAAAGAGUUUCUGUCUCCUCAUUUUGUCCAAUGGAAAUGCGGUUUUAUCCAUUCGAUAUUCAAGAAUGCACAGCCAACGUUGAAUCGUAUUCUUACAAUCGCGAUUACUUGCGCUUGUACUGGAGAAAGGAAAGAAACGCUGACUCGACAAAUGGAGAUGAAUUAUACAUCACUGAGUUUAACCAAGUUGAAAUAUCGCUGUCCCAAACAAGCGUAGAUUAUUCUCAAUAUGGUGUAUACAGUCGCUUGGCAUUGACAGUGAAAUUAUAUCGCAAUCUGGCUCUUUAUAUACUAAGAGAUUUUUUUCCGUGUAUCCUCAUCGUUAUGUUAUCGUGGGUUGGGUUUUGGAUAAAUUAUGGCAGCACUCCUGCACGGGUAGCUUUGGGAAUCACGACAGUUCUAACAGUGGUAACGUUAACAAACAAUGUGAGAAGCAACUCUCCAGAAGCAUCGUCAUUUAGAAGUCUAGAUUAUUAUAUGCUGUUUUGUAAUUUAUUCGUUUUUGCCGCUCUUGUUGAAUACGCCUUGGUCGGGAUGACGGACCCAAAAUCAAGAAAAAGACAAAAACUUACGAAGGAGAACUUACCAAACGGCGGUAUGAAUGGAAGUCGCGCUCAGGUAGAGGCGUAUAUGAAUGAAGCAUACAUCGGAAACAACAAAGUUAAUGCAAAUUCGAACGGAGUUGUACAUAAAAGAGCUUCGCCGGCACAAUUGCUACAAGAGCAGAGAGGACCUGUAAAAAAAGAAGCUCAUAUAAUAGACAAGGUUGCGCGCGUUCUCUUUCCAGUUCUUUUUGCCAUUUUGAAUAUCGUUUACUUCACAUUUCAUCGGCUACACCCUGAUACCGUCGAUUGAAGAACUUUAUGGCUCAGCCUUUUAUUAAGUGAAAGGUAAAAGGUGUUGUAUUACGUUUCUGAGAUUGCUAAGCUACUUCUUCAUAUUUUUCAUGCUACAAAUGUUGAUGAAGAAUAAUUGCGACUAUAAUUAUUUCAUGGUCCUUGUUAUUUUUGCAAACCAUUACAAAUUUUUUAUCAAAUUCAAUGAAAGUUUUUCUGAUUAGGCUGGAAUUUUUUACUUCGUAGCACAGUUAGUGAUAUCGUUUUGGUAUAUUUUAAUAACCUACUACAUGCGUCUAGCGCUAAAGUGUAUAUAAUUUUUGUUGUUUUGUUUUGUUUAUAUAGUAAAAUUACAACAAUA